CCUGGCUCUCCUGAGCUGAAGUGCUUGCUUCUAUGGAGCUUGGCGGCCACUGAAAACAACCUCUCUGUGGUACAUCCAAGUGAAGCACUACUCGAAGGCGUACCGUCGUCAUGCUGUAACCCCUUUGUAUCCUCCUCUGGCAGAAAUUACCGAGAAGACGGGAAAGCUAAAGGAGAAGGUCGAGAGUUGGUUCACCCUAAGCCUAACUCUCAUCCAGAGCGGUUCUCGCUCCCAAAAAAGAACUACGGGCAUCCAAAGAGGACCCCCCAGGGUCGAGGGCAAGUGCUCUAUUCAAGGGAUAUGGGCACGGUGUACUCGGACCCCUUCCCUACAUACGAAGAUGUCCAGUCCACCGAAGGGUGGCAACUGCAGCAAGCCAGACAAGAAAGACAAGCCGCAGUCCAAAGCGGGUUCCAAACCCUCAUCGCCACCUAUUGCUGACGGGGACGGACGCCCCGGUCCUUCCACAGCCACGGUACCUACCAAGAUGACCACCGGCAAGGGCGUGAAGAAGGAGGGUAGAGAAGAGAGCAGCGGCACCACAGCCAGCUCCACGUCCACGCCUGUUGCCCAUAAUAACAAUAACCAGACUGUCAACCAGAAAGACGGCAAGAAGGACAAAUCGUGCUGCUUCUGCUGGUGUUGCUGCUGCAGCUGCUCCUGGUGUACUCUUUUCCGCAGCCUUUCUGUGCACAACCAAAUGAAGGAGAAGAGCAACAAGAUGCAUCAGAUCUCCUCUCCUGGAGACAAUUUGAAUGGGAAUGGUUCCGAGUCUCCGCCAACUUUAGAAGAAAUUCGUUCCUGGGGGGAAUCCUUCGACAGACUUAUGAGGAAUGCUACUGGACGCAGAGUGUUCAGGGACUUCUUACGAUGCGAGUACAGCGAGGAGAACAUACUCUUUUGGUUGGCCUGCGAAGACCUGAAAAGGGAAAGGAACCCGGAAUUGGUGGAAGAGAAAGCUCGGAGCAUCUACGAAGACUACGUCUCGAUACUCUCUCCUAAAGAGGUGAGUUUAGACUCUAAAGUGCGUGAGAUCGUCAACAGAAACAUGAAGAAUCCAACAUCUAGUACUUUCGACGACGCCCAGUUGCAGAUUUACACCCUCAUGCAUCGGGACUCAUACCCGCGUUUCUUGAGCAGUCCGCAGUACAGGCGGUUGGCCCAGCUCUCCCCGCCCACUCCGCCCACGAGAAAGACUUCCAUCUCAGUGGGAUGACCGGCGAUGUGCUGCUGCUUCUUCUAUUCGCCCUGAUUGUAUAUGCGUAUAUCCAUCUAUAUAUCCACUCUAUAUACAUAUAUAGAUAGAUAUAGGUCAUUGUAUACAUAAUAUAUACUAAGAUACACACACAUACACAUAUAUAUACAACACCUCAUUCUGUGCAAUCCGUGGACUGAAACUCCGAAAACUCCACGUUCUCUUGUGGAAUCUCAGUCUUUGAUCUUUCAUUUGUUUCAGACAGCAAAACAAAAAUUUUCAGUUCAGAUAAGCUCAUGCCCAAUCUCUUGUAAAGAUUUCAGACAUCGUUCUUUCUUUCCUUGUCUUCACGGUGGAGGAUGUGACGUACUAACCUCGAACAGCUGCUCAAAUAAUAAUGCUUCAGUACACAUCAUACAUAUGUUUCUGUUACUCAACAUAGGAGGUGAAUUUCUUCAUCGCCAUUUUGUUUCGUUGAAGACAGCGUUCCUCAAAGUACAUUAUCUUUUCACAAGAAUUUGCUCUGAUGUUAGUAAUGGCGUUCGUAUUUAUUAACAAUGAGGAGAUUAUUCUAUGGUGGGAGGGCAAUGAAACAGUGGAUUGAACUCUCAACUUUCAACUUAGCAAGUCCACUUUUAGGUUUUUCUCUCUUUCUUUCUACAAAUGCAUUCCGUUAAACAGUCCUUUUGAAAUGUAUACAUUCCAGUCACGUAGCUUGACCAAUGAACAUCAUUAUUGUGAUUUAAGUCUGUUCAAUUGUUCGUUCGUCAGUGACUAAUGAAAUCUGUGACGUUUAAGCGAAUUGGGCUGUGCUUAUCAACGCUUCAACCAAUGCUGUGCAUCGACUGAAGAAGUGUUGUUCCUCCUGGUAGUAUCAGAAAAAUUGUGUGUGUUCCAACAAAAAUAAAAGUGGAAAUAUCUUCCAUAGGAAAGUUAAAUACUAGUAAUCAUAAACACUUAAUCCAGGAAUCUUGCAUAAAAUUGUAACAGAAAUGCUCAUCUGUUACACAACCUAUGUAGAACUGGUGGUUUGACUUUUUUAAAUAUAUAUAAUAUGUUUGCAAUAAUGAAAUGUAAAACACCACAGCAUCUGCCGUCACAUGCUGCAUUCAAAGUCCAGGGUAAAUACUAUCUAUAUAUAAAUAAGCUCAGCAACAGACUGCGUUAGUACAUUUGUUCAGCCUUACGUGCGAAGAUGGUACGGAUGUGAGAAAUGAAAUUGAAUUUUGAGAGCGACUGAAAGCAAAUCAAGGUUGCUGUAUUUCCUUGGAAGAUGACAAAAAAUUAAGACCACUUUCUAUUAUUUUUAUUGGCCUUUAUUUGAUUAGUUGCAGGCUAAUACAGCGCAUUCUGACGUUCAUCAUCAAAGCAGGUUAAUUGUUGAGUAUCUUAACUAGUCAAAGAAUUAGAUUGAAGACAGAUUUAUGGUUAUCUGAAACGUCCACCUUCGUUGUUCUGAAAUUGAGUAGUAAAAAAUGAAAGACAUCAAAUAUUUAUAAUAAUCUGCAAGGUUCGCGUCAUCGAGGAAAGACAGAAUCAUCGUCCAUCGGAGAUAUAGAAACAAGUGUAGAUGAAGGAAGGACAAGAAUGAAUUUUUUUUAUCCAAAAAGUGGCAAGGUUGAUCCUGCUUUAGUAACUGGUCUAUGAUAAACUGUGUUGUAUAUCACAUCAAAAAUACGAGAAGCUCUAUUCACUUGUUGCAUUCAUAGCACAUGUUGAUGCUUUUUUUUUUUUUUUGCUGCAGUCACUCAAAUGCUCAUCGUCGUCUAUUGAUUCCGUUUUACUGGAGUGUAUUUAUUAUUUCGCGAGUGAAACUCUCUUCUUUUUUCAUAUGUAUAAUUCAUAUGAAUAAUAUGUUUGUGGCUAUUGAGUUCUUGCUGGACCGAAGAGUAGUAUUUGCUUUAAACUUUAUUUAGAGUCAAUGUGCAAUAAAUUUUUUAUUACAGUUUUAAAAGCACACUUUUAGUAUUUAAUUAAAACAAAGAAUUGUUUUUAUUUUAAUCAUUUUUAAAAUUUUUAAACUUUAAAUUACAAUUCAUAAUUAUAAAUAUCGGGGAAUUUUUGAACCAUUUUUAUUCGAAAAUUCGCUAUUAAUUGGUACAAAUAAAAAUUUCAUUAAAUUAAUUUAAUUGAUAAUCAAGUUCUAAAAGCAGAAAUUAGUGCACCUCAUUCAAAACUCACAAACAACAGAAGUUUCAAUACUCAUGAUCAAUAAGAAGUAAAUGAAGAAGAAAUUUUCACUUACAUUUUUACAAACUAUGUACAAGUAAAAUAAAAUAAAAGCAUGCAGAAAUGGAAAAUUUUCAUUGUGAAAAUAUAAAAUAAUUUUAUUAAUGGUAUAAUUUUUUAUGAAGUUUAAUUUAAGAUCGCAAAUUAAUUUAAAGAAAAAAAUGUAAAGAAAAUAAUAUAUUCACCCAUUCAAUUAUUAAAGUUCAUUGCGCCUUCAUAAAUAAUUAAAGUUUAUUGAUGUGAUUUUCAACAUUACCAAUAUCAAAACAAAUUUUUUAAAAAUAUUUUUAAAUGCUUCAUUAACUAAGACUAAAUAAUUUGUAAUCAUCAACCUAAAUCUUUUAAUUAUAAAAGCAUUUUUUUAAAGAUUGGUAUCCAUUUUACCCAUUGAAAUUUAUUACACUUUGUAGAGGAGAUUAAAACUUCGAUGUAUCACAAAAAAAUCGCUAUUGAUCAAAUCCAAAUUCAGAAAUAUCAUUUCAAUAUAAUCUUAUUUACACCUAAGCAUUUUAUUGCAGUUUUAAUGAGAUUUUUUUAUUUGUUCAGAGGAUAGAAAUAUUGGAAUAUAUAAAACCAUUUGAAUGCAAUUAGAUAAUCUGUAUACAUAGUUCCCAAUUAAUGGUCAAUAAUCCAGUAUAUCACUAAUUUAUUAUUUCUAAAAGCACUGUUUAUU